AUGGCGGACGACGCGGUUGCGUCCUUCACGGUGAUGGUGACGGGCGAAGUGGAGUCUGCGGAGAUACCAGGGCAAGACAACGCGUAUUGCAAGUACCAGCUGGUGCACGGCGAAGACUGGCACCUCGUCUCGGGCAUCCAGGACGCCAUCUCUCAGACCUGCCGUAGCGCGCCGGUCGACGGCAACAUGCGGCUCGUUUGGAACUUCCCAGUCGACGCCACCUUCAAGAGCUACAACCCGUUCGGGUGGCCCCAGAUCGUGCUCAGCGUGUACGGCGUGGACGGCAUGGGCCGCGAGGUCGUGCAGGGCUACGGGUGCACGCACGUGCCCGUCACCCCCGGGCAGCACGCCGUCAAGGUCCGCCUCUUCCGGCCAGCGUCGUCGUCGGGCAUCCAAGCCUUCAUGGCGUGGCUCAUGGGACAGAGGCCCGAGUUCAACGACCCGCUGUUCCCCGCGAGCAGCGAGGGCCGCGAGGUCACGCGGGUGCAGUCGGAGGGGUUUGCGACAGUGCGGCUCAACAUCGCGACCAAGGGCAUGGCGCAGUUCGGGUUCGACACCGGCGCGGACUGA